CCCAAAGAUCUCAAACUAGAAGAACAAGGUACACAAAUGGACCAGGAAACUAAACCAGGCUAUGAACCGGAUCGGAUUCCACAUUCGAUUUUCGCAACCUCGGUAACUCCUAAACAAGAAUGGAGUAUCCAAUCGAACGAAUCUUUGUUCAGUAUUCACAUGGGAGACCAUAGUUUCUCCAAAAUGUAUAAAUCUGGAGAACUCACCAAUUUCGAAUAUACUGCUUCGCCCUAUAUUAGCUACAAUAACAACAACAUUGAUAACAAAAACACUUUGACCGACCCUGGAACCAAAGAAGUCAAUAUAACCGUAGUAGAGACGGGACCAAAAACCGGUAAUCGAGAUGGCUUAAUCAAUGUUCCGAAACCGGAUCCACGACCACAGAUUCCUAUUUCUCCGACCAAGUCUUAUCACUCUGAAACAAGUAAUAACAGUACAGCUUCUUUCGCAUUUCCCACAUUAGGAGAGUACCAACAAGAACGAAAGACAUCACUAAACAUGAAGAGUGAAAGUGGAAAAAGAGAACUAUCAAGACUCGACUCGAAGACCGGUUUGUACCCGGAUGCUUCGAAACAGGGUGGUGCUGGACCUGCUGGUGUCAUUUCCUUUGCCAAUGCUUAUGAUCCAAGUCCACUCCAAGACUUUUGUGUUGCCAUUGAUGACCUAAAAGGCGUUUCUGUGAACGGUAAGUUUUGUAAAGACCCGAAGCGAGUCGAUGCAAAAGAUUUUUUCUUCUCAGGACUCAACGUACCAGGGAACACGGAUAAUCAAGUUGGCUCUAAUGUGACUACUGUUAAUGUUGAUCAGAUCCCAGGGCUAAACACCAUGGGAAUAUCAUUGGUCCGCAUAGACUACGCGCCGGAUGGCCAAAAUCCACCUCACACGCACCCUCGUGGCUCAGAGAUCCUUGUCCUUGUCAAAGGAACAUUAUACGUCGGUUUUGUCUCAUCCAAUCAAGAUAACAACCGGUUAUUCGCCAAAGUAUUGCACCCCGGUGAUGUUUUUGUUUUCCCCAUAGGAAUGAUCCAUUUUCAGGUAAAUAUCGGGAAAAUUCCAGCAGUUGCUUUUGCGGGAUUGAGUAGUCAGAACGCUGGUGUCAUCACAAUCGCAAACGCUGUUUUCGGGUCAAACCCUCCAAUUUAUCCAGAGCUUCUCGCCAGGGCAUUCCAGUUGGAUGCAAGUGUUGUCAAAGAACUUCAGGCCAAGUUUGGGUCCAUAUGAACUGAAUCUAAGUCGUUAUAGAGUGUUUAUCAUUGUAAUUAACACUCAUUUACAAAUGCAAUACUAAGAAAUAGUUAUGUCUUAUAAAGUAAACUGAUGUUU